UAAUAAUUUCGUACAGCGGCAGGGAUGGGAGCUACCUUUUUUCUUUCUUUCUUUCCUAAGUUUGAUAAGGCGAGUCGCAGUUUUCUCGAUGUUGCAGUUCAGAAAUAGCUCGAGAGAGAAAGGUGCUGGGGGCUUCCUAUGACGAUCGGAUCCGCAUUGAGAUGGUCUCAUGUGUCCACGUUAAGAUCGCACAUGAUAAGGUGCUUUUAACGGGCCACGGUAGCCCAUCACAAAUACCGGAGGGGGUCAUAUAAUAUCAUUUCCUCCCCCUUCCCCGAUUCUCGUUUGCAAGCAUGUGACACAAUGUAAACACCGAGGCAGCCUCCUCCAGCCAAGUGAAACUGUUCUUUUUCUCUUCUCGGAAAUGUUUCCUCACUUAUUUCUCUGUCAUUCUUAAAAUAUUUCAUUUAUAAGCACGCAGAGUAUCUCUUCCUGGAGUGUGACAGCACCCUUUAUUAGGGCCAGAUCCCCACACCCUCCGUCCCUGUGAUAUUGUAAAGUAGUGAAAAGGCACGAAGUGCGACUCAUUUUUGUUUAAUUUCGCGCAGCUCCUGACAGCGUCGGGGCUGCUCUCCGCUCGCUAAGUGUGUCAAUUUCCUCUUACAAUUUACCCCAAUUUGUCUCUCGAUCUUCGUUUUGAAUACUUCCGCCAUUUUGGUUUUAAACCUAUUUUCAUUUACAUGUAGCUGUCAUUUAUGGCUGUUUUCAGUUCAGGUGUACGUUCAGAACAUGUCCAUGAGAGCCGGACCCUAACCCCCUGACGUUUCCCCUCUAACACACACAGCCAUCUUGCUUUACAUUCUUAGACAGUUAGUUACAGAAGAGUAAAGGGACUUGUCCACCAACCAAAACAAACAUCUACCCUGCAUCCUACCUUUUUAGGCUUUCUGGUGACUUCUGCAGAAGCAUCUAAAGGUAUGGUCUUUGAUGGUUUGGCUGGAAAAUGAGAAGGUGAUGGUCCUGAAAUGAAAGAAUCCAUCGAUCCUUUGAUGAUGCAGGGAGAGGAGCGGAAGAAGAGGAAGCUGACCGUGAACCUCAAGUCCCCUCUGGACGAGUACCAUCUCCGGGAGCGGCCUAGAGAAGAUGAGGCGAAGGCGAGAAACAAAGUGUCCAUUUCGCACAUUAACAGUAAGAAGAGACCCUGGUCAUGGGACAGGUACCUGGACGAGGAGGGGGCGGUGGCGGCACCGGUCAGGGUCUUCACAGAGCGCCAGUCAUUUCCAUCCAAUAGGAAUGGCUUCAAGGUGGGAAUGCGUUUGGAGGGCGUCGACCCGCUGCACCCAUCCAUGUUCUGCGUUCUCUCUGUGGCAGAGGUGAUUGGCUACCGGUUACGGCUACACAUUGAUGGCUACUCCGACUGCUAUGACUUCUGGGUAAACGCAGACUCCCCUGAUAUAAGGCCUGCAGGUUGGUGCGAGACGACGGAACAUAAACUCCAUCCGCCAAAGGGUUAUAAAGAAGAUGACUUUACCUGGACAGCGUACCAAGAGACCUGUAAUGGCCCGACUGCACCAAAGAAUUUGUUCAAGACACAAAAUAGUGUGCCGAAAUCCCCGGAGGUGCAGGUGGGCAUGAAGUUGGAGGCCGUAGACCGGAAGAACCCCUGUCUAGUAUGCGUGGCCACCGUGGCUGACAUCGUGGACGGCCGAUUUCUGGUCCACUUUGACAACUGGGAUGACACGUACGACUACUGGUGUGAUGCCAGCAGCCCAUACAUCCACCCUGUAGGGUGGUGCCAGGAGCACGGGCGACCUCUCACAGCCCCUCAGGGACAUCCCAAUCCGGAAAAUUUUGUAUGGGAGGAGUACUUAGCAGACACACUUUCCUCAGCUGUUCCAAGUGAGGUCUUUUGUUUGAGAGCACCUCACCGGUUCCAGAUGAACAUGAAGCUGGAGACGGUGGACAGGCGGAACCCCAGGUUGAUCAGGGUGGCUACCAUUGUGGACACCGAAGACUACAGAGUGAAGGUCCACUUUGACGGCUGGCACGAAAAGUUUGACUUCUGGGUGGACUCCGAUCUGCCAGACCUGCACCCCGCCGGCUGGUGUGCCAGGACAGGCCACCCCCUGGAGCCCCCCCUCCGUGAGUCCCCAUCCCAAUCGCAAGGGCCUUCAGACCUCAAGAGUUCAACCACCCAGGGAGUGUGUCCAACCCCAGGGUGCAAGGGGGUGGGCCACAUCAAGGGGGCACGAUACACAGGACACCACAGUGCCUUCGGCUGUCCAUACUCAGACAUCAACAUGAAGAAGGACGUGAUCUUACCGGAUCGCCUUGGCGGGGAGAAGCAGAUCACCUUCGUUCCCGUCCGCUUUGUGCAGAAGACCAAGAGGCUCGACCCUGGCGAGGAAGACCAGGACGAGGGGGCCGACGGCAGCCAUGUGGAGAGCAGGCUUGCACCGUCAACAAGAUAUCUGAAAAUCAAAGAGGAGGAGGAGGAGGAGGAAGAGGAGAUUGACUUGCACGCCGUAUUCAAAGCAGAGCAAGACCCUGACAGCAUGGAGCAGGCCCUGCACCAGUCCGUCUUCCUGUCGGCGAUGUCGCCACACCCCGGCCGCGAGCUUCCCCUCUGCUGGGAGCAGCACUGCAAGCUCCUGCCAGGCGUGGUGGGAGUUCCAGCCAGCAGCGUGGCCCAGUGGACCGUGGAGGAGGUGUCUGAGUUCAUCCAAUCGCUGCCCGGCUGUGAGGAGCAAGCCAAGCAGAUUAAGCAGGAGCAAAUAGACGGCAAGGCCUUUUUACUGCUGACACAACGUGACAUUGUGAAAAUCAUGGGAAUGAAACUGGGGCCGGCUCUGAAGAUCUACAACUCCAUCCUGAUGUUCAAGCAUGCUGAGGACACCCGGCCAGCAGGGGGCGACGCCGACAUUGACACUUGAAGCCAAAGUGACUCCGCCAUGUACGCACACCUCCCCGAAUCCGAGAGCAGCGGUGCACACAUCGAGGUGGACGUAAACGAAUCAAUAAACACCUGCUUUAUACUAAAUUAUUUACGUGAUUGUCCCGGUGGCCUUUUUCACCGCGACACGACCUCCAAGCCCAGGUUUUGCCUUUGCAGCAGGGUAUUUGACUGCAGCUGUGUUUGUUUAUAUGUUUAUAUAGAUUUCCGCUUGCUGUAGUGUUCCACCGGCUGCAGAACUGACAAUCACCAUGUGUAGGGAAGGAAUCUCACUGAGGCUGUUAUCUGCUGGGUCACAAUGGUGCUACCAUCAUUCCUAAAUACAAACGGGUGACCAGAUUGACUUCUCAUGCAUCCUCUUCUUUUGCCUACUGAAUCCAAUCCAGAAGCAACCUGCUAAUUUUGCUUUUAUUUAAUUAUAUUUUGUUCAAAUGCUAUAUAAUUUCACUGUACCAAACUACUGAUUCAUUCAUAUUUAUUGUGAGCUCUUUGCAAGUGAAGGAAUUUAAUAUAUUGUGUACCUCUGGAACAUCAAAAGAGUUUAAGUUGUUACAGGUUUUAUUUAAUAUUCUAUUACACAUUUCAGAGUUUUUUUUAAUAGGGAAUUGGAUAGUUAGAAUCAAUAGUUGUUUAGAAAUAUAAUACUUAGUUUUUAAAAAGCAGUACUUUAUAUCUUUUCAGUAGCUAAAGCAUCGUAAUGAGUGAUGGUUUCAUUGCAGACAGUCUACAUUUUCCCUUUUAUUACACCCUGGCAUGCAGAAGUUCUUUUGUUCCACAUGGAUUUAGACGGAUGUACGAACAGGUACGACAGCAAACAUACUUCAGGAAAUUAAUGAACUGAUUACAGCUCAUUUCAGCCUUGUCUUUUUUAAAAACAAAAAAAAAACAAACCUAUGAAAACACAAAACUUGUAGUUUGUCGUUUAUAGCCAAGAAAUCUAUAUUUGCUAUGUAUUGUAAGAAAUGGUGUAACACCGAGGACUGGAGCCCUCGCUGUUCACGGCGACCCCCUGGAUUUUGGUAGCUUAAUCAACCGGACAGCAACAAACCUUCAGGAAUGUGAAUCUGUUUAAUGUCAAAGAUCUUUUCCGGAGGUCUCCUAUCUAAACAUUUAGAGUAUUCAGAUAUAUAUUUUUUUUUUCUUUCAGUGCUUUUACUUCUGUGUUCAGAGAACGAACUCUCUGUUUUCCUUAGUGCAUGACACGUACCAGAGUAUGCAGGCGUACGCCCUGACCACUGGAAGUGACAGUCUUAUCAUAAAGUUUACUAUACCUGUUUGUAAUGUACUGUACAUGUUUAUUGUACUACGUUCUUAACUUUGAAUUUCCACUUUAUACAAUAAAAUGACUAUCAAACCUCA